AAAAUAUAUGAACGUCACCGAAAAACGAAAGGAUUGCCGAUUGUGAUUGUGAAUCUUAAUAAUUUUAGGAUUAUAGUGAAUUAAUGUUAUAAAUAGACUGAAAACAUGAGGAUAACUAAUGUGCGGCGCGGCAGGAUCAUCCGCAUGGCGGCCAUUUGGGCCAUUCUGUUAGUUUUGAUCUAUGCUCUUCAUAGUUGGUCAAGUGAAAAUAAUGCUAGUUCUGGCAGCGAUGUGCUGCCGGAUGUUCAACUUGGUUACCAAAAGUUCCAUCCAAGCGUUUAUCCAGAACUCAGGACAGAGCUGGGUAAUUUUGAGCCGCCGCGUCCACCGGCGGUGAAGGGUCCAGGGGAGCAAGGGAAGCCCUACCACAUGUCUCAGGACCGCGACAAUGACAUUGCGGAGUCUGAGAGCCAGUACGGCAUGAACGUUGCCGCUUCUAACGACAUCGCCAUGAAUAGAUCAAUUCCCGACACUCGAAUGGACGAGUGCAAGUUCUGGCACUACCCGAAGAAGCUGCCUUCCACGUCUGUGAUCAUCGUCUUCCACAACGAAGGUCUCACUGUGUUGAUGAGGACCGUCCACUCCGUCAUAGACCGCUCCCCGCCUGAUAUUCUGAAGGAAGUCGUGUUGGUUGACGAUGACUCUGACAAACGCGAUCUAAAGGGCGACCUCGAAAAUUACAUUAAGAGAUGGAACGGUAAAGUGCGUCUCAUCAGAAACAAUGGUCGUGAGGGUCUUAUAAGGACCCGGUCAAGGGGGGCUCACGAAGCCACGGGAGAGGUCAUAGUGUUCCUAGACGCCCAUUGCGAGGUUAACGUCAAUUGGCUCCCGCCACUCCUAGCCCCUAUAUAUAGGGACUACAGAAUCAUGACUGUCCCCGUCAUUGACGGAAUAGACCACAAAACGUUUGAAUACAGGCCAGUGUACCAACCUGGUACCAACUACAGAGGCAUCUUCGAAUGGGGCAUGUUGUACAAAGAAAACGAGGUGCCAGACAGAGAGUCGAAACUCCACAAACAUCCUUCGGAGCCUUAUAAAAGUCCGACUCACGCUGGCGGUCUUUUCGCUAUAAAUAGGAAGUACUUCCUCGAAAUCGGGGCUUACGACCCUGGCCUUCUAGUCUGGGGAGGGGAGAAUUUCGAGCUUAGUUUCAAGAUCUGGAUGUGUGGGGGUAGUAUAGAGUGGGUGCCUUGUUCUAGAGUAGGUCACGUUUAUCGUGCAUUCAUGCCUUAUUCUUUCGGAAACCUCGCGAAGAACAGGAAAGGUUCUCUGAUUACUAUCAACUACAAACGAGUCAUAGAAACAUGGUUCGACGAGGAACAUAAGGAGUACUUCUACACCAGAGAACCAAUGGCGACGUAUUUGGACAUGGGUGAUAUAAGUGACCAGCUAGCGUUAAAAGAGAAGCUGAAGUGCAAGGAUUUUGCCUGGUACAUGCAGAAUGUGGCUUACGACGUAUAUGACAAGUUCCCCAAACUGCCGAGGAAUAUUUACUGGGGCAUGGUCCAGAAUAAGGCGUCAGGGGACUGUUUAGACACGAUGGGAAGGGGAGCUCCAGCAUACAUAGGUACAUCUCGGUGUCACGGUUCGGGCCAUAACCAGCUGUUCCGGCUGAACGAAGCUGGCCAACUGGGUGUCGGCGAGCGCUGUGUCGAGGCGGACAUGGACAACGUAAAACAGACCAUCUGUCGGCUCGGCACCGUCGACGGGCCGUGGAAAUACGACCCGGACCAGAAGCACCUAAAGCACCGUCUCCACGACUACUGCCUGACCCUCCAGCCGCAUUCCAAAACCCUCGGACUGGCGCCGUGUGACAACAACAACACCUACCAGAAAUGGACCAUCACGCACAAGAAACCUUGAGCACCGCCCUAGCAAUAAACAGCAUCUAGAUAAAUAAUUCACGUGGAAACUUCCAGAAGAAACCCUGUAUCAUAAGGUUUGAUAACGCGUCCAUUCAGAAAACUUUGUCUUAUAAGGGUUGUGUCCCGUCUAUCGUUACGAGUGUUUCGAGGCUACAGAUAUGUAACGUCUCAAGAUUAUAUUUCCAUUAUUAUAAAUGUGAAAGUGUGUGUGUCUGUUUGUUCGUCCGUCUUUCAUAACGAAACUUCCCUAAAAUGGGGGGGUGGAAGUUUGUACGGAGCAUACCGCAAUUUUCAGGGUAGAAAGCUAAAAAUUGGUAUUGGUGGUUGGUAUUGUUAUUGGUGGUUUGGACUAUUUGGGAGUAUCAAAAAAAUCGUGCAUCAUUAUUUUUGGAUCCCAAAAAAAAAACCUAAUCUGACCCAACCCGUUCAAAGAGGGGGUGAAAUUUUACAGUUUUCAUGGUAGGAAGCUAAAAAUUAAUACACAAACUCUUUGUUACCAACGAAAACUAGCUGCCUUAUUUUUUGAACCGUGUUACCCCGAAUUUAACGCGAGCGAAGCCGCGGGCAAAAGCUAGUAAUAAAUAAAAAAGCUAUUUUUAAGGCCAUUCUUGUUCACAUCAUAACAGAUGUUGAUAUCGUUUGGAAUUUGAAAAUAAUGAUCACACUACGACAUAUUUCUUGAAUUUGCUACUUACUAAUAACUUAUUUAUUAUUUUAAAUGUAACAACGGGUUUUAUAAGUAAACCAGAAUCGAAAUACCAAAUGUAAAACAGCUAAAAUACUUAAACCUUUAUCGCACGAUUUUAGUCAAUCGUAAUGGUGAAAUUAAGGCACAGUUUAUCUUUUGGCGUAACGAUAAAGGGGCCAACUGUAGGAAGCAAUAAGUUUUGAGUUUGUACAAAGUUGAUCAGUAAAAAGUUUUCUGAAUGGACGUCGCAUUCCCUAGUUUGUGUAGUUAUAAAUGUGUUCUCCCUAGUGUAAAUUAUGCGACGUAAUUCUAAAUCUUAUUUUGCUCAAAUCGAGACUAAACUUUUCUAUUAACUAUAAAAGGGUUUUUUUUUUAUUGUGGACUUAUUAUACUUUUAUGGACUUUGAGUGAAAAAUUAUUUUUUCGUCUAUAUGGAUUAGACUAUUUUAUUUUAUAUCAUUUUCUGUGCCGCGCAAAUGCUUCAAGUAUUUGUUUGCAACGUAUAUCUGUCUAUGAAUUUAUUAUGGUUUACUGAUGAGUUUGUAGUUACAUUAAGGUAAAGUAUAUUCUUCUUUAUGCACGAUAAGUUGUACUUAACCCUCUAUGCAUUCCAUUAUGUUAUCUGAAUCUCAAAUAAUAAAGUGUGUAAUAAAUAAUCCAAUAAUACUUGCCGUUUUAUGUGUGAUAAUAAAUGGUUACAGUGGAGACUUCAAGAGGGUAAAUGACAGAAAAUAGAAAAAUACUGUUUAAUGUCUGUCUUUUAUCAGUUACACAAAGUAUAACGUUACGUAACUUUACUUUUUAAGCAGCUUUAUACUUCAUAAAUAUUUAUUUAGCUUUAUACUUUAUAAAUAGCUUGUGAACUGUUUUGUGCUAGCUAAUAACUGCGCACUACCAAAGUGUAACAUUAACUUUCCACAUGCAGUGACAUGAGCACGAAGCUAUUUAUUCUUUCACAUUUUUUCUGUUUAUUUUUGCACUACUACAAUGCAUUUAUGUUCACUUUUGUUAUAUUUUUCAGCAAAAUGAAACCAAUUUUGCAUGGUCCCUUAAACACUGUAUCAGCCUAUAAGUAUAUGUCCCCUCAAUAAAUCAGAGGGGGAAUAGAGCACACUUCCACGUCCUACAUAAUUGUGACUAAAUACAAUUUUCGAAUUUAUUCUCAAUAGGCAUUGUGUUAACUUAUAUGUACGCAUUUAUCCAACGACAUUCGUUAGAGCAUUUACUAUCAUAUUUAUUAAAAUACUCUUUUUCUUCAUCACUCAUACGCAUUUAUUUAUACCUUUAAUAUAACGAAUCUAUGAGAUUGAUAAAUUAUAAGAACCGACGUAAUAUUGUCAGUAUUUAAGAUUUUCCUUUCAUGUUAUUUAAUUUUAUGAAAUCUUUCUGUGUGUCAUAAUAAAAACACAUCUUAGAGCCUUAACUUUAAGGAUUGUAUGUAAAUUAUGGUUUUGUCCUAUGUUCGAUCUAAUCCAAUUAGGGAAAUAACAGGGAUUCAGUCCAGUUAUGACUGAAUGUUGCAGUAGUAAGCGUAGUAUAUUAGAAUUAGACUGAUAAAACGUAAAUUUAGGCUAAUGAAAUGUAAAAAUUUGGUUGAUACUUUUAUUUUUAACACGUUGACAGUCCAGUGAUCCAUAUACGGGUCAUAACGGAUUAGCUCCAUACGUCCGUGACCCAUACAUGGAUCACUAAGAAACGACCGGGUACACAGUAAGGGCGGGUGCUCCAUGUGGACCCCGGGGACCCUUGACACCCGAUGGCACCACCGGUAGUGUCAAGGGUAUUAUUCCGUGCCCAUGGCACCACCGAUAGUGUCAAGGGUAUUAUUCCGUGCCCAUGGCACCACCGGUAGUGUCAAGGGUAUUAUUCCGUGCCCAUGGCACCACCGGUAGUGUCAAGGGUAUUAUUCCGUGCCCAUGGCACCACCGGUAGUGUCAAGGGUAUUAUUCCGUGCCCAUGGCACCACCGGUAGUGUCAAGGGUAUUAUUCCGCGUGCCCAUGGCACCACCGGGGUGCAAAAAGUACUAUUCUUUUAUAUCGUGAAACCACCCAGUAAUUUAGCAAAGAUUUGUAUUACGGUAUGUUUGAUGAAUGCUACUUUCCACCUGUUUGAAGUCUGAAGUAAUUGAAAGUUUAAUAAAAAUAUUCAAAUAAUCAAACAUUGAAGUAAUAUCUUACAAGGAAGCCAAAACAUUUUGUAUGGUGACUGUCAAUAUGUUAACAUUGUAAUGAUGUUUGUAAGCCAGGACCUCUAGCCAACUAAAGUGCAAUGAUUUACAUAUUAUCUACUACCUAUUUCGAUGUUACGAUUUUCUAUAAGUCUUUAUUUUAAAACUGAAUAUAUUAUUUAUCUAUUCUAAUACAUAUAUUGUAAAAAUAAGAUUUUAUUUGUAAAAUUACUGUGAUGUCAGCUCUUUGAUGUUUUUAUAUAUUUCCACUUUAGAAUAAAGAAUAAUAUUUAUUGUUAA